GUUAUUUAUUCUACGGAAUACGAUAAAAAUUUGAAGCCUUUUUUGCUUUUUGCGCAUGCAUUUGCAGGUUGCGACACUACAAGUGCAAUUUUUAAAAAAGGAAAAAAAAGUAUAAUAUCUUUAUUGAAAAAAAAACCUGAUUUGCAAGCUCUAAUUUCUGUUUUCUAUGAGUCUAAUCGUUCAAUUGAGGAAUUAUACGCAGUAUCUGAAAAAAUUAUAUUCCAUCUCUAUGGUCAAAGUAUUACAGAUGAACUGACACUUGGUGAAUUAAGAUAUAGGAUAUUUUCAUUAUCGGCUGCUGCUUUUAAAAAAGAAGUUAUCUUAGCUUCUUUACCACCGACUGAAUCAGCCCUACGAGAACAUACAAAACGAGUGUAUUAUCAAAUUCAACAGUGGUUAGGCAACAAUCUAAAUCCGGACGAUUGGGGUUGGAGAAGAACCUUAUUUAUGAUGAUACCUAUCAUGUCAAACGCGGAACCAGCACCAAAGGAGUUAAUAGAUAAAGUUUCUUGUAGCUGUAAAACGAAUUGUUUAUCAGCUCGAUGUGGUUGCAAAAAAAGUGGUUUAAAAUGCAAUAAAUUUUGUAAAAGUUGCCAAGGCCAAAGCUGUGAUAACGCUUCUGCAAGAUCGUUUAAUCUUGAGGAUGAUGAAAAUGAAGAUAAAGAAGAUGAAGAAAGAGAUGAUAGUGAUGAUGAAAAUGAUGAUGAUGGAAAUGUUUAUGAGGAUGAAAAUGAUGGUGAAGAAGAAACUACUGUCGAAGACGGAGAACAAGAAAAUGAAGCUAUAUGUACAGGACGUAAAACUGUUAAAAACACUCGUUCAAAAGUAUCCACACAAAAGAUUUUUUGUGGUUGUAGAACCAAUUGUGCAUCAGCAAGAUGUAGUUGUAGAAAAAGUUCUCUCAAAUGUAAUGAAUUAUGCAAGUUUUGUCAUGGUGAUACAUGCAAUAACAGUAUAAAUGCAGGCGUUGAUACCAAUGAAGAUAGUGAAUAUGAGACACAUACAAAAGCUAACGAUAAAGACGAAGAAACACCUACUGAAGAAGAAAACGAAGGAAGCUCAACUGUUAGAGACAGCAGUCCACUUGAUGAAAUUUAUAUUAACUUUGAAAAAUUUUAAUAUAAUUUUUGGAAUUGCAAAAUCUAUAUUUUUUUAUUUAUUAUAUAAUUAGAGAAUCAAUUACUCUUAGGAAGUUUCUUCAAAUUUUUUUAAUUGUAAUACAAUUUUGUAAUCUAUUAAAAAA